AAUGGAUGAUCAUUAACUGCAUUCCUUUAUCAACACAAGAAUGUAAUUCGGAGAUCUUAAAUACAAGACAGCUGUAGAAUCCUUAUUAUUUGAUCAAUGCAAUUAACAAUUAAGUAUUCUAUUAAGUAGAUUAUAAUUCAAGUAACAAAAAUUUAUGAAAUAUUCAAUUAACACAUUUAGCUAUUUAAAAUAUUGAAAUAAAAUAAUUUAUAAGAAGAUCAUAUAAAUGCACUUAUUUCUAAAUAAAUUGUAGGAAAUACUAUUUUGGAAAAGAAAGUGUAAAAUUUUUAUUUUUUACUUUUUAGAGUUUCUAAUAUGUUUGUAACAUAAUUCUCAAAAUUAUUUGGUACAAAUUAAUACAAUUUGGCAUAAGCUGCAAUCAAAAUGAAGAAUCAUAUGAUAAAUACAUUAAGAAUAUAAAAUGUGAAAGAUAAUGCAAUAGAUGAAUUAUUAAAAGUAAUUGUAUUUAAUAAUUUAUUUUAAGGAUAAAGAGAUUUAAAUACAAUUGGAUUUGGAAGAAACAAAAUCAUUUAUGAUUAAAUAGAAUUCAGAUUAAUAAUUUGGUAUAAUAAUUUAGAUAUAUAUUAAUAGAUUUCAUUAGAAAUUAUAUUUUAUAUAAUAUAUAAAAAAAUGAAAAUUUUAGUUAAGAUUUAAAAUUAUGGAAAUAAAAGUUUGGAAUUUAAAAUAAUGAAUAAUUAAAAUCUAAUAUAAGCAUUAAAGUGUAAUUCAUUGAUUGGAUUGAAUAAGUUAAGUAAAUUAUUGAUAAAUUAUGGAUGCCAUAUUAUUCUAAAUUAGAUGAGCUUUAUUAAGCAGAAUCUAAUGAUCAAUAAGCAUUUUAACCAUUAAAAUUAAUUUCUGAAGUAUAUGAAAAAAAGAAAAGCAAUUUUUUCAUUAUUGAUUCUUUAAUGAAUCACAUUAAAAAUCAUGAUUAUAAUUUUGAUAAAAUACAAAUAUGUUUUGGUCAUAGAAAUCCUAAAGAAAUCUUAAUAUCAUUUCUUGAACUUUUAGAUUGGUGUUAAGAUAUAUAAAAAUGGGAAAAAGUAAAUAUAAUUAUAAUUAUAGUUAAUUUUUUCUUUGGUAUAGAAAAUCAAAAUGAAAUACAUAACUGCAUAACCAUAUUAAGAUUCUUUUUAAGAUGGAGGAUUUGUUAUGGAAAAUUAUCUUUAAACAAUCCUUAUAGAUAUUAUUAAUAAAUAUGAAGAAAAAGUGGAUCCAUAAAAAUAAAUUAAUUUUAUUAAUGUAGAAACUUUAGAUGAAUAAAAUUUUGAAGGAAUAUUAUAUGAAAUUAAAAAAGAUGGUAUAGAUUAUUAUGAUGAUCGAUUGAUGGUAUGUGGAAGUAUUACAUUUAAAUUUGAAUAACAGGGUAAAAUUGAUGGUAAAAUUGGAUAGGUGAUUAUGGAUAUACCUGGUAUAUAGAAGUAUCAUAUUAUUAAUAUAUUAGAAUUAAUAUUCAAGUUAAUUAAAUCACUUAAGAAUUUUUAUUACCCUUAUGGUAGAAUGAUAAAAUAUAGAAGAUGGUUAUCAAGUAUAAAUUAUUUAUAUUUUUAGACUAAUUUUCUUAAGAUUAGUAUAAUGCAUUAAGGUAGAAACUCAAAAGAAAGAUAGAGUGAAUAAUACAAUUAAUUUAUACUUUUGA